UGAGGACGCUGGUGUUUUCGCUAAAAGCUUUCAAAAUUCAACAUUUUAAACAUGAACAGUCGGGUACUGUUCCUGCUAGCUGGGUUACUAGCCGUGGCUAGUGGAGUGGUUCGUGAAGAUUGGUUCGAAACUCGUGUGGAUCAUUUCAACCCACGAAACCAGUAUACCUUCUCGAUGCGAUACUACGCCAAUGAUGAGCACGCAUACCGAAAUGGACCGAUAUUCGUCAUUGUUGGUGGAGACACGGCCAUCGAUCCAUGGUAUCUAACCGAAGGAUUGUUUUACGAUGUUGCCUACUUGGAAGGAGCAUACUUGUUCGCCAACGAGCAUCGUUAUUUUGGGCACAGUCUUCCAGUUUCUGAUGCAACUACGGAGAAUAUGGAUUUCCUAACCGUCGACCAAGCGCUGGCAGAUUUGGCAGAAUGGAUCAGUUAUCUGAAAACGACCGUUGUCGGAAAUCCAAGAGCAAAAGUAGUUCUGCUAGGAUACGGAUAUGGCGGAACCCUGGCCAACUAUUUCCACCAGUCGUAUCCUCAUCUGAGCAACGGAGUUUGGGUUUCCAGUGGACCUGCGGAAGCCAGUCUGACGCUUCCUUCCUUCUUUGAGGUGCUUGGAGAAAAUAUUAGAACUCACGGAAGUAGCGAUUGCUACAACACCAUUUUCAGUGGUUUCCUGGUAGCGCAAAAUCUUAUUGCCCUGGGUCAGGGUGAUGUUUUGACGGAGCUGUUCCAUCUGUGUGAACCUCUUGAUACCGAGAAUCCCUUGGAAACAACUGCUUUCCUGUUGGGUCUUCAAAUGGAUAUCCAGAGAGAUAUUUUGUUUUACCAAAAUACCGCAUCUACUUCGUAUAUGUGUGAACAAAUCGACGCUAACAGCACCGAUAAUAGCUUGCACGCUUUGAAGCUCUGGUUCGCCCGCGGACACCAAUUUGAAGAAUGUGUGAAACUUAGCUUCAGCGACUUCUUGGCGCCAUUUUUGGAUACUGACUUCAACACGGAUCAGCUACAGAGCGGAAAUCGCCAACGGCUGUACAUUCAGUGCACCUCCAGAGGCCUAUUCCCGACGACUGAUUCUCGAUACCAACCGUUCGGAAGUCAAAUCACAAUUGACUUCUACGUGGAAAUAUGUCGUGAGGCUUUCGGUGACUGGAUCGAUGAAGACUUCAUUCGAAGGCGCACUCAAAGCAUGAAUGUUCGCUUCGGUGGUCGCCGACCUCGCAUCGAAAAUGCUCACUUCACGCACGGAGGUUUAGAUCCGAAGAUUGGAUCGGGCAUUCUUGAAAAUGUUUCCGACAGUGCCAUCGCCACGAUUAUCCCGGAUACGUUCUCCUCUCCGGAUCUGGGUUCGAUCGACGAAGAAUUGGAUUCACCCGAAUUGAUCGCCGCUAAGGAACUGACUAGGACACUCAUUGACACUUGGAUAUUUAAGGAUUUCGAACCCAUACACGUGGAAGCAUAGACAAUAAGAUGGAUAGUUUGUUGAUGAUAGCUUUUGGGGCUGACAAACAAAAAUAUGUUUAUAUUUGUCGGUCCAAUGUAUUUAGUUCUUAAACAAGUUUUGAUUUAUGUCGCACCUAAAAAUAACGCAUUUAUCCUAACUAGUUAU